AUGGGAUUAGAGCCAGGGUUGCAGGAGGCUUGUAUGGCAGUAGCAAUGCAGCUGGGUAUGGAUAUAGCUCGUAUUCAGGCUUAUGCUCAAGGGACAGAGGAUCGUAGGCGCCAACGAGAGGCUAUCUCGGAGCAGAGUAGUAGUCAGCCCAAGAGGGCCAGGUCAGAGGGUCAGAAUAGGGGUCCCACUAGAGAGAGCAAACCCCAGUAUAGUGCACCUUUGCAGUUUCGAGGAUCUCAGCGGGGUAGGGAGACUUCCCCUAGGCAGAGACAGAGUUCUUCUUAUGCAUCGGGUCCUCAACAGCAGGUGGGGUCAGGGCAGGAGGUGAUGCCCCCUCCCCGAUGUGCGACUUGCGGGAGACAUCAUGUAGGACGGUGUCGUCAGGGUGUAUGCUAUACUUGUGGUGACCCGUGGCACUAUGCUAGAGAUUGCCCACAAAAAGUGGGUAGUAUUGUCCCUGAGAAUUCGGUAGUAGCGUCGUCACCCUCAGUGAGAGCCCCCGAGAUAGGACUCCAGACUUCUUCCAGCCGAGGUAGGGGCGGAGGUAGAGCAUCUAGUUCCAGUACUGGGCCGCAUCGUAUCUACGCUCUAGGUGGGAGACCGGUUCUAGAGACACCGCAGGAUGCACGAUCAGGUAUACCCUUCUUUAGAUAA